AACGUCAUCAGCGCAUCAACAUGGUUACGAGUAGUUUUCUCGACGCGAUAACAAGGCAGCAACGUUAAAACGAUUUAUUAUUUAAAUUAUACUUGCAUUAGACAAAAGAAAAGUUAUUCAAUAUCGUUAAGCAAAUAGAUUAUAUAUUAACGUGUGAAUAGUGUAACUCGUGUGAUUAGGGAGAACACGAUGCUCGUGGUACCAUAAUUCCAAAAUGUAGGGGAAUUGCCAGUACGUAAACUAAUUACUAGUACCGCAAAGUUAAUGAUUAUCUCUGAUUUGAUAACAUCAUGAUACCUUAAUUAAAAGAAAAAAUACAUUGGGUAUAUCAUGAGCUGCUCUGUAGAAUUGCGACAACGUAGACAACAAGGGAUGGCGGAGGAUCCUCAUAAACUUGCAGCAAUGAUGAACAAAUCUCAGAGACUUGUGUUGGGGCUUUUAGUUUUAUUGUUGGUUGAUAUAAUUUGGGUAUCCAGUUCAGAACUUACUAAAUACAUUUAUAGAGAAGCAGCCUUUGAAAAACCUUUCUUUACUACAUAUGUAAAAACAUCAAUGUUUACACUUUAUUUACUCGGUUUAUGUUUUUGGCCCCCUUGGCGGGACCAAUGUAAUACACCAGCAACAUAUAUGGUAGGUUUGAGCACAAGUACUUGUCACAAAAUUGAUUGUUUUGUUCAUUUUAUUAUUGUCAAAUUUCAGUUUAUAGAUCCUAAUGUGGAAGAUGAUAAUUUCUAUUCAGAAGGCAAUACAAGUUUGAGUGAUCCAACUUUUGUUCCCAUAAAAACGCCGGAUCACUGCGAUCGUUCGUCGGGCACAGAAAGCGACGAUUCGUCGAUACGCUCUGUCCGAUUUAGUAAAUUAGCAGAAGUUCGCCAUAUGUCAGAAACCGAUGCUACAGAAGCAUUACUGGCAAGACUUAGUUACCAAGCAAGUUUAAGAGCCGGUGAGCACGCAAGACGGCAAGCCAAUAAAUUCUCUGUUCAAAAAGUUGCAAAAAUUGCACUUAUGUUUUGUUUACUUUGGUUCAUGGCAAAUUACACUUAUCAAAUAUCGUUAGUUAAAACUGAGGCAGGAGUUGUGACAGUAUUGUCAUCAACUUCUAGCUUAUUUACUUUGUUCCUUGCUGCCUUUUUCCCCAGUAAUGGAGGGGAUAAAUUUACAUUAUCUAAGUUAGUCGCCGUCUCUGUUAGUAUUCUUGGACUAGUAUUAGUAGGUCUUUCAGAUUUAACUAUAGAAACGAGUAGGGUACCUACAGGUAUAAUAUUGGCAUUAGUUAGUGCAUUUUUCUAUGCAGCUUAUAUCGUAUUUCUAAAAAGAAAGGUAGACCAUGAAGAUAAAAUGGAUAUUCCAAUGCUCUUUGGAUUUGUUGGACUAUUCAACUUAACGCUUUUAUGGCCGUUGUUUUUUAUCCUUCAUUAUGGUCACUGGGAAGAAUUUGAGUGGCCAGAUAGUCACCAGUGGACGUUUAUCGUUAUUAAUGGUCUAGUUGGUACAGUUUUAAGUGAAGUGCUAUGGCUGUGGGGUUGUUUCUUAACGUCGUCCCUCAUAGCAACGUUGGCGGUUAGUUUAAUUAUGCCAAUGUCAAUGAUAGCUGAUGUCUUGUUGAAAAAUGUUGAGUACCCUUGUAUUUUCUACUUAGGAACUAUUCCAAUGCUUUUAGCAUUUUUCACAGUGUCUCUCUUAUCCUACUAUGAUAAUUGGGAUCCAGUCAUGGAUUUAAUUAAAAAGAUCUACAUUUGGAUUUGUAAAAAAAAUAGGUCAAUAAGAAUACCAGAUCUGGAAGCAGAGCAAACAGAAUCGCUCAUAGGAAUAAAUAGCGGUGAACAUGAAGCUUAGCCCGACAAUAAUGAAAAAAUUGUGUAAUAAAUGUGUUUUAUGUACGUAUAUUUCUACACUUAACAACAAAUGCUUCGUCAAUAUGCAUAAAACAUUGAUGUACUGUGUAUAUGUCAUCUUGAUAUCGCUGUUUCUUUUAAAUAGAGAAUGCUGUAUAUAUUUCAUAGCGAGCAAUUUGUAUAUAUUUAAUUAUCAAGCAUUUUCACGAAGCAUUAUUUAAGCGAUGUUACACGUUCUAGUGAUCACAUUUUAUUUGCCAUAAAAAUUAUGUUUUAUCUGUGCACAGAAUAUUAUAGUACUGCCAGACAAUAAUUACAUAUUAUUCGAUCGAUAUAUUAUUAUCGAUUAGUUGAAAACAAAAUUCUUUAAU